AUGUCAUACCUACCGCGGACAGGAAAUACCGAAGACAAUGCUCAGUUCUGGCAUAGGCAGCUCCAGGGAUUUGAUGGCGUCUGCGAGAGACAAUGGCCAACGUUGUCCUGCGAGCGGAUAGUCACCGAACCUGAUUAUCCUCCCACCGUCUCGCAGACUCUUACACUUAAGACGUCCCUGCCAUCCCUUGAGGCUAUUGCGAGGCAAUCGACCCUAAGCUCGGUUGAUACAAUUCUCCGAGCUGCAUUUGCAUCUAUUUUGUCGGAAUACCUUGAACUCGACAGGGUAAUUCUUGGAGAGAACAUCGUACACAAUAGAGACUCUGCUCCCGCGACCUCAACGAUACCAGUCCCGAUUGUCGUUGCACCACAAGCUCGAGUAAAUGAUCUUUUCUGGCAGGUCGAUGAGUUCAUUUCAAGCACCACUUCCCGGGGGGCAGUGCCGUCUGGACUGGUGAGAGAUAUUUUGCAAUGCCCCGUGUCACAAGUCCCAUUCAAUGCGUUCUUUAUCGGUCUUUUCAAUGGAACAGCAGGGAAGGAUUUGUACUCUUCGCAGUCUGGACCGGAUGAGCCGCCUAUCUCACUAGGUGUUGAUUAUUGCGGCGAAGAUAGCCUGUCAUGCACCCUUUCCAUACGGGGCGACUUGAUUGAUUCCGUUCAUCUCGAGCUGGUGCUGCAACAAAUAGAUGCUUUGGUCACUGCAAUGGCUUGCAAUCCCACCAAGUCAAUUCAAGACCUCACCAAACUCUUCCCAUCACACCUUCUGUCAGUCUACACACCAUCGGUGAGUGAGCAAUUGAAGCACGCACCAAGUCUAUCUCCUUCCUAUUGGGUAGAUCAUUGGGCCAAGUCAAACCCAAACUGGCCAGCAUUGGAAGUCAUUAGGGAACUCAGCGAGGACAAAAUCCAGUCUCAAACAUGGACUUAUGGCCAGCUUGCACAAAGGUCUAAUCAGAUUUCCACAUGGCUCAUCCGCCGGGGCUGGCGCAAAAACAUGAUCGGAGACGUUCUGGGCGACGUAGUUCCCCCUGAGGGAUGUGAAAUAAUUGACAUUGACAGCCCUGAGCUCUACGCGGAGCUUGAUAACAUCGAGGAAACGGCCGUUGUUGAGGCAGAGCCGUCUGAUAACUGCUACCUCCUCUACACCUCCGGAUCCACAGGGCUCCCAAAGGGUGUUUUGGUAACUCGUGGCAAUCUAUCCGCCUUUACAGAAGCCCAGUCCGAAUACAUCUGCCGAGAUGUGCCCGACACGCUGAGACUCGGAGGGAAGGGUGCUUACUUAGCCCACGCCAGUCGAGCGUUCGAUGUCCACAUAUGCGAGAUGGUGCUCGGCUGGCGUCACGGCCUUCGUCUAGUGACAGCUCCACGUACCAUGCUGCUUGAUAACCUGCGACUGGUGCUCACGCAAUGCCGCAUCUCGCAUGCGGGUUUUGUGCCUUCGCUCCUUGAGCAUACGGGCCUCAAUGCUGCGCAGUUGCCCGACCUGCGGUACCUGGGAGUCGGCGGUGAGAAGAUCUCUGAAACAAUCAUCGAACGAUUUGUUGGAAAGCCAUCGAUCGCUUUAGUGAACGCGUACGGGCCAACGGAGGUGACCAUCGGCUUGACAAGUCACACAGUCACGGCCACGUCGAAUGUACGAAACAUAGGCUCUGCUGUGGGCAACAUCACGCUUCAUGUUCUCGAUCCGGAGUCCAAUGACUACGUGAAACGUGGGCAAGCCGGUGAGCUUUGCGUGACAGGAGAUCUGGUAGCCAAGGGAUAUUAUAACAGACCGGACGCCAAAGGAUUCACGGACUUUCAGAGAGAACAUAUGUACCGCACGGGAGAUAUUGUGCGUCUGAUGGCCAACAACUGUGUUGAAUAUCUUGGCCGACGAGACAGUCAGGCGAAGGUUCGUGGUCAGCGACUGGAACUGGAGGAAGUCUCGAUCGCAGUGCGUCGAUGCGCCGAGCAUGCCGUCAAUGUCACCUCGAUGGUGACGCCUUCACCUAUCACUAAGCGGCCCCAGUUGGUGACCUUCAUAAGUCCUGCAAGUGAUCGACCUGACAAUGCCACUACACGGCCAAGCUUCAUGAAGGAGGAAUACCAGAACUGGGUACCACAUGUUCUCGAGCGCUGUCGUCGUCAAUUGCCGGCCUACAUGGUUCCCAGUGUGCUGCUUCCUGUCAGUUUUAUACCUAUUCAGAUCUCAGGCAAAGCGGAUAAUCGCCGUUUGGUGUCUUUAUAUGAGAGUAUUCCGGCAUCAGACCUGCUGCAUGACACCAGUAUUCCUAUCGUUUCAGGGCCAGGAAAAAGUCAGGAGUCGGAUAAUGAGCCUUUGACGGUAGAGGAGCAAAGGAUUGCCGAUAUCAUCUGCUCAGUCACAUCAGCAGACAGACACACCGUCACGAAGACAACUAGCAUUUUUCAGCUGGGCAUCGAUAGCCUCAGUUCAAUGAACCUCGCGGCCCAGAUGCGCAAGGACGGCUACACCUGCUCUGCUGCAGACGUUUUGCGUAGCGCUACAAUUGAGCAGCUGGCAGGCCUACCUAGACACAAUGACAAUGCAGGUCAAAGCGGACAGGGGAGUCUGUCAGAUCAGCAGAUCUCGGAAUCAAUGCGGCAACUGAAGGCCCUGGAUCAGACUGUGCGAGCCCUUCAUAAGCCCAUUCUGAAUUCAUCCAUUGCCAAUGUUCGCCCAUGCCUACCUCUUCAGGAAAGCCUUGUUUCCAACUCUGUCGACAGUCCGACUCCACUAUACGUGAAUCACAUUAUGUUCCGGUUGGGGUCUACCACGUCUCUCCAGGCUCUGAGACUUGCAUUUGAAGACUUGGUACAGGAAAAUGAGACUCUCCGUACCUGCUUUCACGUUAUGGACGAUAGAGUCGUUCAGGUAGUCCUGAAGCCUCGCGUGGUCGAGUUAGCCUGGGAACAACUGUCGGUCCCGGAUGAACAAACCGCCCAGCAUUAUUUCCAAGAAUGCCAAGCAGAGGUUGCAUCGAAGAUCGUGAGUAGCAUUGAGAGACAGCCUCCCAUGCUGAUCACUGCGGCUUCUUCGACUCAGAACGAAGGCUCCGGGUGGUUGAUGCUCUCCAUCCAUCAUUCCAUCUUUGAUGGUGCAAGCAUAGGUAUCCUACUCGACCGGCUCUAUGAUCACUAUACCGGCGACACAUGCAUGAACUCCAUCGAUCUUACUCCUUUAUACGGACAUUUUAUGACUUUAAAAGAGAAAGAAGCCGAGGACUACUGGUCUCGCUAUCUUUCCGACUGCCGUCCUGGGAUUAUCAUUGUUAACGACCCGAGCGAUACGACAUACAGCAUAAUCACUGAGAAGGUGCCCCUGAGGCUGUCUGCACUCUCCAGUCUCGCCUCUAGAAUAUCAACGACUGCCCCUCUGGUGCUGGAGACACUCUGGGCGAUUGCAUUGGCUAAGCUGCUGCGUCAAUGCGACGUGAUCUUCGGGCGCGUUAUGAACGGUCGAGCUAUACCAGUAGACUCCGUAGAGACCAUGCUGGUGCCCCUCGUUACUACUGUCCCUGCUCGUCUACGACUGUCGACUGCCGCGAUGAGUCUCGUUGAUCUCAUUAAGACACACACACGAGCCUGUCUUGAGACUUUGCCUUACCAACACACGGCGCUCCGUGCCAUCCAACGAUAUGCCCAGAGCCCAGGCCCAUUAUUCAACUCGAUGUUCUCUUAUAUUGCCAAAGUCCGUUCACCUGCUGGCAGUUUGCUGCAGGAAAUGGAUAGUGUCAUGGAGGCUGACUAUCCUCUCGCAAUGGAGAUUCGAGCCGACGCAGAGACAGAAACUGUUACCUUGCGGCUCAGGGUUGCCAAUGACCAAAUUUUGACACGGAAUGCCCCUACAGUAAUCAGCACGAUGCUCAUCUUGCUGCAGAGCUUGGCAGCGACUGGAGAUGCAAUUAUACAUGAGCCGGGAUUGAUUCAAGAGCAAGAACCGAAGCAGACGGAGACAUGCGACGUAAGUGAAUGGACAAAGGGCGAAACGCAGAUCAGGAAGAUUGUCUCCCAAAUCACCGGUCUUCCUGAAGCUCAGAUUGCGAAGCACACCUCAUUCUUUGCGCUCGGGAUCGACUCGGUCAUCGCCAUUCGACUCGCCCGUUGCCUGCAACAAGACGGGCUCAAGGUAUCUUCAAGUGACAUUCUGAAGCACGCAUCUGUUGCUUCCCUCUGUUCUCACCUACAGGAGACUCCUACGGCACGCGCUGAAACCCAGGGAGAAAAGCCUAUUUUGGAUGCGGAUGCAAAACUGAAUCUCCUCAAUGCCGAUAGCUCAAUCGUGGAAUACCUAGAAAGGCUCUACCGCGGAAAGCAGACAUCUAUCGCGCCGUUUGCGCCGGCCGCUCGCUCGAUCGCAAACAUCCAAGAACAGUCCGCUCAAUUUUGGGCCGAUUCCGUGGCAGGAUAUCAAUAUCAAGGAAUUCCGACUUCACCAGACCAUUCCGUCAAAUCCCCUCCGCAAUGGGCAGAGGUGAAAGUGCAAGCCCCAGUUGCAGACUUGCUACGGCAGUGCGGCUCGCUUGAUGUGACACUCCAAACCGUCGCCUUGCUUGCAUAUGGACGGUCAUUGGCGGUCUUGCUAGGCCAACGAGACGUAGUAUUUGGUCAUGUUGUCUCGGGUCGUGGACUAGAUGACGAUACCACGGGCUCGAGAAUCGGUCCUCUUUUCAACACCGUGCCUUUUCGGCUGACACUUGAACCUGUUCUUCAGAGCACUCGCUCCGUCUUACAGAACAUUCAACGGUUCAGUGCAGAUGCGCUGCAGCAUCAGCAUGUAUCAUUGGCCGAGGUUCAAAAGAGGUGGCGUCUGACGAGCCAAAGUCCUAGUCCGUCACUGUUCGAUGCCCUUUUCACAUUCAACAAGUCGGACAACCCCGACCCUGAUGCUGUAUUCCAGCCAUACCUUGGUGAGCGCGAGCCACUAGCCGCUCCUCACUACAAAUUGAAUGUUGAGUUUGAGCAAUCUCCAGAAUUUCUCUUCAUUCGGGUCGCUUGUCGAGACGUUAUGGGUGGAUCCGAUGAGCUCGAGACCUGGCUUCAGACAUUGGCCCGUAGUCUGGUCGAGAUUGUCAGCUUUCCUGACGCACCGGUGCUGAGGUUCCCCGCUGGCCUCAAUGCAUUGCCACUGGCUGAUACUUCUCAGCAGGUGACAGAGGCAGAUGUUGUUGAUACCCCGGAUUCAGUGCGCCUGGUUGAGGUCAUUAAAGAUAUCCUGGCACAGGUUACAGGAACUUCGGUCGAGCAAAUUGGUGACAGCAUCAGCAUUUUCGCUCUGGGUGUGGAUUCUAUCCUAGCAAUGGACAUCAGCGCAAGGUGCCGAAAAACUCAACUAAGGCUGUCUGCAAGCGACAUUCUCCAAGGAAUGACAGUCCAAGGGAUUGCAAGGCUUGCCGCCAAGCGCCUCGUCGCCUCACCCCAGAGUACAGAGUCUACCCCUGCUCGAGCACCCACGCUCAGCUCGGAAGUAAAAGAGAAGGCCUUAGCCACUCUGUCUCUAACGGACAAUGAAAUUGAGGCGGUUCUUCCUUGUCUCAGCGGUCAGCUGUUUUACAUAUCACGCUGGCUGCAAAGCGGCCGUCGACUCUGGGAGUUUACAUUCGCGUUCAAAAGCAGCGUGCAGAUCGACAAGGACCGGAUGCAGCAUGCCUGGCAUCUACUGCAAGAGAGACAUAGUGUUCUUCGCACAGCGUUCGCAGCCGUGUCUUCCACUGAGGCUGUGCAGGUCGUGUCAAAAUCUACCAGAGCCGGAGAAGUCCACGUCGAGAAGCAGCAGCUAUGUUCCGAGAAUCACGACCAGGAAUUCCUACAACAAGCGAUGCAGAGGAUCGAGUCCACUCCAUCCAAUCUAAUGACCCCGCCAACCAGACUAUGCCUCGUCCCGUCCCCUGAUGGCGUCGACCUCAUACUGCUGACCCUUCAUCACGCUUUGUACGACGCGUGGACACUCCCCAUCCUGAUCCGAGACCUAGAAGCCCUAUACUACGGCGUAUCCUUACCCACCCCGGAAAAUGACUUCCCGUCUUUCGUCCACGACGCCCAACGCAUCCCCGAUCCUGCAUACUGGGAACCCGCACUCCGCAUGGCGCAGCCCACAAUCCUCGGGUCGAACGUCUUCGAACCCCAGGAUUUCUCACAGGUCAAGUCCUCUCACGCCCUACAUCCACCGCGCGAGACGCUCACCAACAUCAAGUCGCUCUGCCACCAAAAAGGCGUCACCAUGCCCUCACUAAUCCUCCUAACCAUUGGCCGCAGCCUAGCCCGCCUCGCCGACGUGAGCAAUCCCACAUUCGGUCUCUUUCACGCUGGACGAGCAAACGACUCCUCCCUCGCGGACGGUGUCCACGGAAUGACCGCCGGGCCGACAGUCAACAUGCUGCCGUUUGUAGUGCAGGACGCGCUCUCCUGCUCUGUGCCAGCUGGUGUGGAAGCAGUGCAGCAGAGCCUGAGCGAGCGUGCGGCCAGCCAUGAGCAGGCAGAUCUUCGGCGGUUGCUUACGCAGUUCAACGAGUCGAGGAGUCAGGGAGAUGUCGGUUUGCAGUUCAAUGUUCUUGUCAACGUCAUCGUUCAGAGUACAUGGAAGAAGGAGGAGGAUGGUGCUGAGAGGAGUAUUUUCACUCCUAUCAGGAUUGAUAAGGAAGAGAGAGAGUCAUCCGUAUCCGUGGAGAAAGAGGUCAUAGCAUCCGCUGUCGACGCCUUGGAUUGCAAUGAGUUGCCCUGUCGUCGCAAUGCGAUGCUGGAGGUGCACUAUGAUGAGGCGGAGGAUGCACUGUCGUGGAGGAUUGACUAUACGCCGGAUUUGAUGUCGUCUUCUGAGGCUGAGGGGCUUUUGGAGGUGCUUGGGAGUGAGAUUGGGGAGGUUAUUGGGGGUCUUUCAUAGUUGGCGAGACCGUCUGCCAUCGUGUGUUUGGCGUGCCUCUCUAGACUGUCACGGGUGCUUGAUUCUGUGAGGUGAGUUGAAAAUUCUGUCGGGCUGUUGGAUUUAUGAUGUUUGUAGUGUGAUGCAACUCGUUCUUGCUUAGAUUUGUUUCUCUAAAUAUCUUUGAUUUGUCUAUUUUUAUUUUGUUCUCCUGUCUUUUUUUCUUGGCCGGGCAUGAAUAAGCAAGCACGGGUAUAUAUUGUCUGCAUUGGAAUUCCAGCGAUUGCCCAAUAGCAUUAGUCUAGAUAAGAUCAUGAA